AUUCGCUCGUUGGUGGCGGACGCGUGUGUCGCUAAAGAGAGAUUCGUCGACAAUGCCGAUAUCAAAUAUUCGAAUCAAAACUGAACUGUACAGUGACAAUUUUUGUGUUAAAAAAAAUUAUAUAUGAACACAAUUGAAGUGCUUCAGUGAUGCUGACGGUGAUUGUAAAUUAAAAACGGAAAUGGGGUGCCAAAGUAAAAUUUCUUUUAAACUUACGCGCCGGGAUUAGAUGAGAUUUAUCUCGGAAAACAAGGGGGAUUAAGGUUUAUUUUAAAAGCUCCCUAUUCACUAUGUUGUACAAUGUAAUCCACAUUAUCGUUCGUGCUAAAGUCGCCUCUCGCACGGACUACUUACGCGUAACGAUCCCUCGGUUAGUGUAAAAUAAAAAUAGAACCAUCGUUAUCUUGUAGUAACUUUUAAUAUAUGACGCGCCAUUCAUUAUAUGGCCCGGGAGUGUCAUUUAACUAUUUGUCAACGAGUUAAUUACGAACUAGAAUAAAUGUUGACAGAUUUAGUGGGAACAGGUAGAGUUGUCGCAGCUCGUAAGUUGUGACACGAUGUCUCCGAAGUAUUCAGUAAUUAAGAGAUAGAAAAGCGUUUGAUUUGGACUAAUCGUUAAUUGAUAUUCUGGUGUUAGUUAUAAUCAUGGAAAGGAAAUUAGUGUCAAAUUAAAUAUUAAUAUAAUUGUGUAAGAUAAAUUAGGAAACCAAUAUAAUGGCGGAGAACAUGAAGAGCUUAAAGAGGCAUUCGUAUAUAUUGAAUGCAAUUCUACUGUUCAUCUCGCUGAUUUAUGAAGCCGGCGGACUCCGCACCACUGAACUCCGUAUAACGCCGCGUGUCGUCCAGAGAGGGAGAAAUGUCACUAUGGAGUGUGUAUACCAGACACACGACUAUAGUAUUUACUCGGUCAAGUGGUACAGGGGAGUUCAGGAGUUCUACAGGUACUCUCCUUUGGAAACUCCCACCACUAGGGUAAUGCCGGUCAAUGGAAUUAAAGUUGAUAGGUUAAGAUCCAAUGAAACACACGUGGUAUUGUUACGAGUGACGCCGCCACUGAGCGGGAACUACAGCUGUGAGGUGAUACUGAAUGCUCACUCGUACCCUCACCAGACCGCCACAGCGAGGCUUGACGUUGUUGGAAUUGGAGGCCUCCGAGCUAUAGAACUGCGGAUAUCACCACCAGUGGUCCAGCGGGGCUCAGACGCGACGUUGGCGUGUUUGUACCAGCUCACAGACGCGCCUUUAUACUCUGUCAAGUGGUAUAGAGGGCGCCACGAGUUCUACCGGUACUCGCCAACCGAAACGCCAGCUACCAAGAUCUUCCCGUUCGCCGGAAUCAAUGUGGACUUGGCGAGAUCGAACCAAAGUCAAGUAGUGCUGACGCGGGUAAGCUUCGGACUUUCUGGAAACUUCAGCUGCGAGGUCACCGCGGACGCGCCCUCGUUCGCCACGUCCAUUGUGUCUAAUAACAUGGAGGUAGUCGUGCUGCCACCUACCUCGCCGUCAAUACAUACAAGUCAGCAUUACUACACACCAGGGGAUGUGAUGAAGGCGAACUGCACAUCAGGUCCGAGCCGACCUCCGUCCGUCCUCUCGUUCUUCAUCAACGAUAUGCUUGUGUCACCAGGGUUAUACCAAGUGCAUCCAGCGCCCGAAGGUCUCUUCAGAUCAGAACUGUACGUCCAGAUCCAGCUGUGGCCAGCCCACUACGAGAGGGGGGCGCCGAUCCUCCGAUGUGAGGUCAAAGUGGGGGAACUGUAUAAAGAAGACUCUGCUGUCGCGCUGUACUCAGCGAAUAGUGAUCCUAAAAUUGAGAGAGUGACGUCACCAGGGUCCGCCGCCAAGCUGCAAGCGUGCCAACCACUACUUCUCCUAUAUAUAAUUUUAUGGGCGAACAAUACAUAGACAUUGUAUGUACUGUAUAAAUAAUAAUUUAGGUAAAUUAUAAAUAAGUAGAUGUAUUCGAUACAGUCCGUGGGAGAAAUUGUGAAUUUAAUUACGAUUAAUUGUACCUAAAUGAGCUGCUAACUUAUACCAAAGAAUGUAAAGACUAAGAAUAUUGUUGAUUUAAUACAAAUUAUAUAU